CGCGCAGGGGAGGGGCGGGCGGCGCGCGGCCGCCUCUGCCCGGCGGUGAGGGAGUCUAUGGAGAGGCGGCGGCGGCGGCGGCUGAGGAGGCGGCGGCCGAGGCCAUGGCUCCCUUCCCCGAAGAGGUGGACGUGUUCACCGCCCCGCACUGGCGGAUGAAGCAGCUCGUGGGGCUCUACUGCGACAAGCUUUCUAAAACCAACUUUUCCAACAACAAUGAUUUCCGUGCUCUUCUGCAAUCUCUGUACGCCACAUUCAAGGAAUUCAAAAUGCACGAGCAGAUUGAGAACGAAUACAUUAUUGGCUUGCUUCAGCAACGCAGCCGGACCAUUUAUAAUGUACACUCUGACAACAAACUCUCAGAAAUGCUUAGCCUCUUUGAGAAAGGGUUAAAGAAUGUUAAGAACGAGUAUGAGCAGCUAAAUUAUGCAAAGCAACUGAAGGAGAGGCUAGAAGCUUUUACAAGGGAUUUCCUUCCUCACAUGAAAGAAGAAGAGGAAGUUUUUCAGCCUAUGUUGAUGGAAUAUUUUACCUAUGAAGAGCUAAAGGACAUUAAAAAGAAAGUGAUUGCACAACAUUGUUCUCACAAGGACACUGCAGAACUUCUUAGAGGGCUUAGUCUCUGGAAUCAAGCUGAAGAGAGACAGAAGUUUUUUAAGUAUUCUGUGGAUGAAAAAUCAGAUAAAGAAACUGAAGUUCCAGAUUACUCCACAAAUAUUACCCAUCUUCCUCCUGAAGUAAUGCUGACGAUUUUCAGUUACCUUAAUCCUCAAGAGUUGUGUCGAUGCAGUCAAGUUAGUACUAAAUGGUCUCAGCUGGCUAAAACUGGAUCUCUCUGGAAACAUCUUUACCCUGUUCAUUGGGCUAGAGGUGACUGGUAUAGUGGUCCAGCAACUGAACUUGAUACUGAACCUGAUGAGGAAUGGGUGAGAAAUAGAAAAGAUGAAAGCCGAGCUUUUCAAGAAUGGGAUGAAGAUGCUGAUAUAGAUGAAUCUGAAGAGUCUAUAGAAGAAUCAAUUGCCAUCAAUAUUGCACAAAUGGAAAAACGCUUACUGCACGGCUUAAUUCAAAACGUUCUUCCACAUGUUGGCACGUCUGUAAAAACUUUAGUGUUGGCGUAUAGCUCUGCAGUUUCCAGUAAAAUGGUUAGACAGAUUUUAGAGCUUUGUCCUAACCUGGAACAUUUAGAUCUUACCCAAACUGACAUCUCAGACUCUGCAUUUGACAGUUGGUCUUGGCUUGGUUGCUGCCAGAGUCUUCGACAUCUUGAUCUCUCAGGGUGUGAGAAAAUUACAGACGUGGCUUUAGAGAAGAUUUCCAGAGCUUUGGGAAUCCUCUCCUCUCAUAAAGGCGGCAUUCUGAAGACUUGCAGAAACAAAAGCACAGUGACUCCAUGGAGAAAUAAGGACAUUGCCAUGCAGUCUACCAGCAGAUAUGCUUGUUUGCAUGAGAUAACUAAUGAGAAUCUUGGCAAGGAAGUAGAUAACGAACGCCCCUGGACUAAACCGGUUCCUUCUGAAAAUUUCAGUUCUGCUUACGUGUGGAUGUUAGAUGCCGAAGAUUUGGCCGACAUCGAGGACGCUGUAGAAUGGAGACAUCGAAAUGGGGAAGGUCUUUCUGUAAUGGAAACGGCAUCCAAUAUCAGUUGUUCCACUUCUGGUUGCUAUAAUAAAGACAUUGUUGGACUAAGGACUAGUGUUUGUUGGCAGCAGCAUUGUGCUUCUCCUGCCUUCACAUACUGUGGUCAUGCAUUUUGUUGUACUGGGACCACAUUAAGAACUAUACCCUCACUCCCAGAAUCUUCUACAUUCUGUAGAAAAACAAGGACUAGACAGUCUGUGGAAAAAGACUUACUUUACUCUGGGAGUGAAAAAUCUGAUCAAGAGACUGGACGUGUACUUCUUUUUCUCAGUUUAUCUGGCUGUUAUCAGAUCACAGAUCAUGGUCUCAGGGUUUUGACCCUGGGAGGAGGACUGCCUCAUUUGGAGCACCUUAAUCUGUCUGGAUGUCUUACUGUAACUGGUGCUGGCCUACAGGAUUUAGUCUCAGCAUGUCCUUCUCUAAAUGAUGAACACUUUUACUACUGUGACAACAUUAACGGUCCUCAUGCUGAAACCGCCAGUGGAUGCCAGAAUUUGCAGUGUGGUUUUCGAGCCUGCUGCCGCUCUGGUGAAUGACCCUUGACUUCUGAUCUUUGUCUACUUUAUUUAGCUGAGCAGGCUUCCUUUCAUGCACUUUACUUACAGUACACCUCUUGUGUUAACCAUCCCUUUUUAAGUGUGACCUAUUUUGGCCCCUUCCUGAAAACCUCAGAAAUUUUAAUUCACCAAUGAAUUGUUCAGUGUUGUGUCUCUCAUGCAGAUCUCAUUUGGUUUCAGAACAGGGUUAGGCUUUGUGGUGGGGUGGGAACAGAUCUAAUUUCUUUUUAGUGUCAUGGUUUGUUUUUUUUUUUUUUUUUUUUUAAUGACACUUCAGUAUGCUUUGGAUUAUUUUGUGUUAAAAGAGUACGUGGGACCUACUGUUUUUCUUGAGCUAUACAAUAGUAUAUAACAAGCUUGGCAAUUCAUUUUAAGUUGCGCAUCUUUAGAAGUAUUGUUUUUCUAAACUUUCUAAAAUGGAAAUCUAUGGAAACCAGUUUCUUUCCCAUUUCAUUUUCUUUUAUUUGACCAUAUCUAUUAGAGCCAAUAUAAACAUAGCCAAAUACGAAAUUUUUAAAAAGGUUAUUAUCAAAUAAAUUGGCUGCUUGGUGAAUUAGCUGGUGUGAGCUCUAAAACAUCACCAUGUAUGAAGUUCCUUCAAAACCCCACAGGUUCCCGCCAAUGUCCCUAAACCUUCAGGAAUGUUGAAGCUUGGAAGGGAUUUUCAACAUUUUCACAAUCAUAUGAACAAAUGUAUAAAUAAAAUCUACUUUGAAGACUUCACGGA